CGCUUGCGCGUCAUUUCCGAGACACGCCGAGUGCCAAAGAGACCAAAACAGGGAGAGAGAGAGAGACAGAGACACGUGGCGCGCGAAGCGAAAAGACCAAAACCACACGUCAUCCAUGGGAUAAAAUCCAAACCUUCACUGGGUCGUUCCAUGGUUCCUCCAUGCUCCGUUACAUGGUUGUGUCAGCGGCCGCGACCCAUGCGAUCAUGUGCGCGCGAAAGGAUUUCGGAUUUCGGAUUUCACGACUCUGGGAUCCUGCAACCCGGUGGACGGACCGUUGGGCGGCCGAUAAUCUGGGUUUGAUCGCUGGGAGGACGGAUCGCCGAUUCGCACAUAUCUCCCAGCAGUUCCUCGCCAGAGCUGUAUAUCCUGUGAUUCGCUUGUCAUGCUUCUUGGAGUUAGAACGAGAUAUUCGGGGGAAUUCUGCGACCAUUGAGAAAUUUGAGAUGCGAUGGGGGAGUUCGCACGUCAAAUUAUCAUCAACACAACGCCUGGGCUGUGUAGUUGUAGUGAAGACUCCCACGAUGGACCGCCCAGAACGGAAGGCACCGCUCGCUGCAGGUGGAGUCGUGUCCGAUUGGGUCUCGCCGAUAAAAAUAGCAUGACACAUACAUGACCCGCACACACAUCAAAAGCUACAGUCCCUCCCGUUGACAGGUCGGCCGUCCGUACCAAGGUCCCACCGCCGGCUCAUGGGUUCACAGGAUUU